AUGGCGCCUAAUUUUUGGGAGAGGAUGUAUCAAUUGGUGUAUAGCCAAAUCCAUCCAGAUGUUCCUCAUCAUAAUUGGCUGAUACUCCGACUUGCAACGAUCCUAUGCCCGUUGGCCGGCCUGCUAUACUUUGCGAGUGGGUGCAAGAGGAUUAAAACCACCGGCCUGUGGUUUGUUCGCGUCGAUACUUCUGGGUUUGCCCAUCCAAACGUUCAUACGGCGAUUCCUUUCUGGGCAGUACUAUACACAGCAGAUACUUUUAUCAGACCUGCAACAGCAGUACUUCAACUUAUGACUUACCCUCCUCUUUUCAGCUUAGCAUGGGCAACGGUAUAUGCAAGCCCAUCAGAUAAAUUCCGUUUGAAUCAGGCAAGCCAACGAACAGGACAUACUCGCUUGCCCACGAAUGGCAAACCCCGGUUCUUGUCGCCCAAGCUAUUCAACAUAUUGGUCAUCAUUGGUUACAUGUUUCCAUUUCUUGCGACGAUCCCGACGGCGACCUUGGUGGGGUAUCGGGUCUCUCGUAUCAACAGUGCUUGGAGAUCUUUCGAAAAUUCUUCAAGAGUUCUCAUCGAUCCCUCAUCAGCUCCACCAUUAAGAUUAUUGGAACAAAAACUCGCAGGGCAUAGUCUCUCUAUUUUGGACGAAAGCAGUGGAAGUUUACUGAAGCUCAUUAGAAUCUUGGGCGGGAUCUUUUUCAUUGUGGAUGCUUUUGUCGUGCUAGUUAUCGUUGUGGCAUCUCAAAGAAUCAUAAGCGCACUUUGGUUUCAGGUUGGUUGUCUUCGAGAAAGUUUCCACAGACGUCGAGCGAUCAAACUUGACACCCUUCACCGCGCGAAGAGUCAUUCGUCGUCUCCGAUUUUCGAUGAACAGAACCAUACCACUGGCUCAACCUACUAUAUCGACGAUUCAAGCUCGAGUGUAAAAAAAACUUUCAAGCGGUUAUCUUCAGAAGACAGAUGGGCGAGAUGGCUUCCUUCAUUUAGCCGUGGUACUGAAGUCGAUGCGAACACCUGGAGCUCACAUCUCUUUCUCGAGCCUAGACAAGAUUGGGAAGAUAUAGAUGAAGCUCGACUAGUUCAGCAGUACUUAUCCUUGAGGAAGUAUACUUCAAAUACUCUAUGGCAGGCUAUCCUGACCUGUUCUGUCGGUUCGUCGUACGUCAUCCUGAGUGGGAUCACAGUUUUCAAUUCUAUGAAUGUGCCUGCAAAGAUCCCGCUCACAUCUUUUACAAUAUUUGUCUCAACUUGGGCCAACAUCACCUGGAACUUGGGAGUCGGUAUAGGAUUGGGAGCAGUGGGUAUCUCUCUGUUGAUUGAAGUGCAUUAA